AUUAAAUCGGUCCAAACAGACACCCCUCUCCAUCGUCUUUAAAGUGGUCGGCUCCACCCUUCUGCCAUGUUGGAUGUACGCAUCUCUGGAAGCUGCAGUCGCCGGAGUUUCCGAAUGAAAGUUGAGCUUUUAUCCUGUAACAGACACACAGGGAUUGCUUAAUUUGUUCCUCGACACAAAACCGGAUAAGUUCAGUUUCCUUGUGAAGCGGGAGCACGCCUGGAACCCCCCCCCCCCCCCCCCCCCCCAGCUGGUCCUCCUCCCACUGCAGAGGAGAUGAUCCGGUUGCAGGCCACAGCAACCGGAGCAACGCGCAUGGAUUUUGUGUAAUUACUGUCUGCUGAAUCCGUCCGGGGAUAAGUGCAUUGCUUCGGGGGUAAACUAGAAGACAUAAGGAGCCAUGAACAGCCACGCUCCGGCCCGCAGGGCUGCGAACAUCGGCUCCAUCCUCCUGACCCCGCAGGAGAACGAGUGCCUGUUCGGCUACCUGGGCAGGAAAUGCGCCACCCUGUGCUCGUCGGUGGUUCAGGUGUACGGCGCAGACCGGAGCUGCAGCUGGGUGAAGAAAUGCUGCGGCGUCGCCUGUCUGGUGAAAGACAACCCGCAGAGGUCCUACUACAUUCGAGUGUUCGACAUCAAGGAAGGGAAAACGAUGUUCGAGCAGGAGCUGUACCACAACUUCUCCAUCAGCAGCUCCAGAUCCUACUUCAUCUCGUUCACAGGAGACAACUGUCAGAUCGGUCUGAACUUCGCCAGUGAAGAAGAGGCCAAAAGAUUCAGAGCGGCCAUCAACGACCUGCUCAACCGACGGCAGCGCAAAACCGAGAAGAGAGGUGACCCUAAAAAUGGUCCGGCGCUACACAUGGCCACGGUGGACAUCAAGAACCCGGAGAUCAACAACAGCCGGUUCCACAACUCCCACAGCCACCACCACCAGCAGCAGCAGCAGCAGCAGCAGCAGCAGCAGCAGCAGCAGCAGCCGUACCACUUGAACAACAUGCUGAGCCACAGCGCGCUCCACCGCAAGGACAAGAAGUCCAAAGCCAGCAGCAAGAAGAAGAAGUUGACCAAGGCGGACAUCGGCACGCCCAGCAACUUCCAGCACAUCGGACACGUGGGCUGGGAUCCAAACACGGGAUUUGAUCUGAACAACCUGGACCCGGAGCUGAAGAACCUGUUUGACAUGUGCGGCAUCUCCGAGGCUCAGCUGAAGGACCGGGAGACGUCCAAGGUCAUCUACGACUUCAUCGAGAAGAAGGGAGGCGUGGAGGCCGUGAAGAACGAGCUGAGGAGGCAGGCUCCCCCUCCACCUCCCUCUCGUGGCGGCCCCCCUCCUCCUCCCCCUCCACCACAUCACAACUCGGGUCCUCCCCCUCCUCCUCCUCCCCCAUCCAGAGGAGGCCGUGGAGCCCCUCCUCCCCCCCCGCCGUCAAGAGCCCCCGCCUCAGCUCCUCCCCCUCCGCCUCCCUCCAGACCGGGAACUCUGGGCGCUCCGCCUCCCCCGCCUCCACCCAACAGAGGAGGCCACCAGCCCCCUCCUCCCCCCCACCACCACCACCAACAACAACAACACCACCAACCUCCCCCUCCUCCGCCCCCGCCUUCCUCGCACUCCACUUCCUCCCCACAAGGCCCGCCCCUUCCUCCUCCCCCGAUGUCCCAGCAGUCUCCAGUAGGAGGUGGUGGCGCUUUUGUUCCAGCUCAACCUCCCCCGCCUCCUCCCCCACCCCCACCUCCUGGCCCUCCUCCCCCUCCGGAGCUGGACGGCGUCUCGGGAGGCGGAGACUCCCCUCACUCCCCCGGGGGGAAGUCGGCACUGCUGGACCAGAUCCGCGGGGGGACGCAGCUGAAGAAGGUGGAGCAGAACAACAAGGCACCGGCGUCCGGGGUGGGGAGGGACGCCCUGCUGGACCAGAUCCGACAGGGGAUCCAGCUCAAGAACGUUCCCGAUCAGCCCGAGUCCGGCCCUGUGACGGCGGCUCCCAGCGCCGGCAUCGUGAACGCUCUGAUGGAGGUGAUGCAGAAGAGGAGCAAAGCCAUCCAUUCCUCAGACGAAGACGAGGAUGACGACGAAGACGAGGACUUCGAAGACGACGACGAGUGGGACGACUAGUGAAGACGUCGCUCCUCUGCACCGACCGCUGACACUAAAAUACCUUCUAAAAAAAAUCUUCCAGCAUCAGACUAAAACUGUAAUGUAAAUGUUGUAAGAACUGGCUGUAUAUUUAUUUUUUUGCCUUUUUUGCUCUUUUUUUUUUAACGAUUAUAAUAAGUAAUCCGUGCAAUACCUCAUCUGUUAGAUCUGUCACACAUUGUCAUCGUUAAAGCCUCAUUAGAAAGCACUUAACGCCCCCAUCAGCACAUUUCAUUAUGGACACUAUAAACCCCUCCGCUGACAGGAGUCUAACCGGAGUCUAACCGGGGAGUCUGAACCGGGGAGUCUGAACCGGGUUGUCUGAACCGGGGAGUCUGAACCGGGUUGUCUGA